UUGCUCACAAAACUAUGCUUCAACUUCUUCUAUUCAAACAUGAUAACGGGUACUCAUUUAUAUAGUACCGAUUUUGAGUUGUUUGCAAAUUCUAAUCGAAAAACAAGCAAUGGGUUUCUCUGAUAAACUCAUUGUCUUCAUUUUGAUGUUCAUAUCUUACAAUGAUCAAAUAGUACCCGCACAAGCUGACGAACCUACCCCAAAUUAUUUAGCUUGGAACUUCUGUAUAGAUGGCAAUUACACUGCCAACAACAGUACAUAUAAAGCCAAUCUAAAUCUCCUACUUAAUUCUCUCUCAACAACGUUCGAGAACAACAACACAAUCCCUCAAAAUGGCUACCGUAACAUUACAGUCGGAAAAGGCCCGGAUACUGUUUACGGAUCCCUACACUGCCGAGAGGAUGUAUCACCAGAUAAAUGUUCAGAUUGUGUACAGCUUGCAACGGAAGAAGUUUUGAGCGACUCUGGGUGUCCGAAUUCCAAAGGAGCUAUUAUGUUUUACAAUGGAUGUGUUCUGAGGUAUUCCAGUAAGUAUUUUUUCUCAAUCUUGACAGAAGAACCAUCUCAAGAACUUACUAGUGAAGCUAGUAUGAAAAACCCAGGUCCAUUUUUGAACAUAGUAAGUGGAUUAUUAGAUGAUUUAGUGAUUGACGCUGUUACCAACAGUUCAAGACCUUUAUUUGCUACUGGUUCAACCAAUUACACAAGACAUCAGGAAGUCUAUGCAAUGGUUCAGUGUACACCAGACCUGACACCAAGUAUCUGUAAUAGAUGUUUAAGAUCAGCUAUUGGGCAUUUAUCUGAAUGUUGUUCUGGUACUGAAGGUGCUAGAGUUCUAUAUCCAAGUUGUACAUUUAGAUUUGAGAUUUAUAAUUUUUAUGGUCGAUCUAUUUUUUACACUCCUACUCGAGCGUCAUCACCUCCAACCCCUCAACUAUUACCUCCUUCAACUACGCAAACGACAUCGAAUAUAACCAACUCAAAUGGAAAGGCUUCAUCGAAACUUGCAGUGAGCAUAGCUGUUCCUUUGGGAAUCGCAGUAUUACUAUUCUGCAUAGCUGUUUGGUGGUUCUGUUUCCAUAAGAGAAAUAGGAUUAGUAAGAAAUAUUCUUACGCCAAUGAUAUGGACCAAGAUAUUCAGAGUGCAGAAUCACUACAAUUCAACUUCAAUAUGAUAAGUGCUGCAACAGAUAACUUCUCCGAGGCUAAUAAGCUUGGAGAAGGUGGAUUUGGCCCUGUUUAUAAGGGUACAUUUUGUGAUGGACAAGAAAUAGCUGUAAAAAGACUAGCUACAAGUUCAGGUCAAGGUGAUCAGGAAUUUAAGAAUGAAGUCAUGUUAUUAGCCAAACUUCAGCACAGGAACCUUGUGAGACUAUUAGGUUUUUGUUUACAUGGACAAGAGAAGCUACUCAUAUAUGAGUUGAUGAAUGCUAGUCUCGAUCAACUCAUAUUCGAUGAUGUGAAACGGACAUACUUAGAUUGGGAGAGACGCUACAAAAUUAUUGGAGGAAUUGCUCGAGGUCUUUUAUAUCUUCAUGAGGAUUCUCGAGUAAGAAUUAUCCAUCGAGAUCUUAAAAUUAGCAAUAUCUUGUUAGCAGAAGAUAUGACUCCAAAAACUUCAGAUUUUGGCAUGGCCAGGCUUGUUGUGCUAGAUCAAACUCAAGCUAAUACAGCUAGAAUCGUUGGAACAUAUGGAUAUAUGGCUCCAGAGUAUGCACUACACGGGCAUUUUUCUGUAAAGUCAGAUGUUUUUAGUUUCGGUUUCUUAGUUCUUGAAAUUCUAAGCGGAAAAAAGAACACGGCGUUUUAUGAAUCCGUAGCAGGAGGUGCUCAAGAUCUUCUGACUUAUGCAUGGAGGCAUUGGCAAAACGGAUCAGUCAUGGAACUGCUAGAUUCAUGCAUGAAAGAGAACUGUUCAAGAAGUGAACUGAUGAGAUGUGUACACAUUGCACUAUUAUGUGUUCAAGAUAGUAUUGCUGAUAGACCUACCAUGGCCUCAAUCAUUCUAAUGCUUAAUAGCAACUCGGUGACUCUCCCAUUACCAACACGGCCCGCAUAUUUUGUGUCAGACCCAGCAAUGGAAGAAGAUGCAUGGACUGUGAAUGAGGUAUCAGUUACUCAAGUAGAUCCUCGCUGACAGUAAAUAAACAAUAGCUUUCUGUACAUAUGCAUCAUACAUUGAGCCGGUUUAUUCUUCAAUCUUGUAUUUCACCCGAGUAAUCCAAAAAACAGUUUUGAUUGUUGUCAAAGUAGU